UUUUAUAGACAAAUAAUUAUAUUUGGAGAUUCUGUGUAACUUAAGCAUAUAAAAUGGCACCUUUCCAAGGAAAAUAUCAACAUUAUAAAAAUGAAAAUAUUGAGGACUAUUUUGUUGCAGUUGGUGUACCAUACAUUGGUCGUAAAAUGAUGGCAAUGUCUUCACCAUUGAUGGAAAUAACAUUUGAUGGAGAGAAUAUGACAAUAAAGAAUUCAUCAUUACUCAGAACAGUGGAACAUAAAUUUAAAAUUGGUGAGGAAUAUGAGGAACAUAUGCCAAACACUGUUAUUAAGAGUGUUACAACUAUAGUGAAUGAUAAUGAAAUCAUGACAAAUUCUGUCAUACCAGAAAAUCAAGCGAAAUGUGGGCGACAUUAUUUAUUCACUGAUGAUGAAUGUAUCAUUACGCUCACCCAUGAAAAGGCGAACACACCUGGCAAGCGUUACUUCCGCAGAGUUAAGGAAUAAGCAACUCACAUCUUUAAAACUUCAAUCAUCACAAUUUUAUUGCAUUCUUAAUUAAUGUAUGUACUUGGAAAUGUACUUUUGUGAUAGUUUUUUAUACUUUUACAUUCUAUAUUUAUGCUUCAAAUGUGGAUAGGUACUUAAAGUUUUGUAAUUAGAUAGUC